AUGGCUUCUUCAUCCUCUCCUGUUCCUAACUCUUCUCCCGGUGCUAGCUCUGGCCCUGCUAGUAUCAAGACCGAGUCCCAGAAAAAUGCAUCGCCUGCUCGUCGUUCGCGACCGCCGCGGCCCAACUACAAACUUAUCCACCGCUUCCCUUUCCCCGUUGAUGUCCAUCCUUUGCCGCCUCUGAUCCCUCAUAAUCCAUUGUCGAUUGUCAGUGUGCUGCUGUCCUACUUGACAUACCUCAUUGCACCACCCCAACAGCAUGUCUACACGGCUUAUUUUGACUCUGCGACAUCAUCUGUCCAUGUCACGGACCCGAAGGCCAUCCGAGCUCUCUGGGAGAUGGGCUUCUUUGGCAAGGGCAAUCUCAGUCGGAGUGAACCGAGCUGGUUGGAGCGAGAGAAGAAGCGGCGCGGAUUGCUCGGUGGAACUACGAGUGAGGAGGUCACCCGGCAGCGCCGGACAGAACGUCGCGAAUUGAAGAUGGAUCGAGCUCGCAUGGAGAAGCUGGCCAUUCAAGAACGACUGAAGGCUGAAGCAGCCGCCCGGCAAGGCGACAAUUUGUCUGUCGAGCAGCCCUCUCAAUCGCCGUCCGCAGACACAUCGGCAGAGAAGUUUUCACUGAGAAAAGCUAAAGAAGCAAGGCUGUUGGACUCGCAGCGUUCACUCGCACAGAACGGCGAAGUGCCGCCUCUUAAUACCCCCGGAGAGCAGCUCUCCAAUGGUAGCGGCAAGACCGUUCGAUUUUCCCCGGUAGUGCAGGCAAAGGAAUUCAUCUCCGAUUCGGCUAUCUUGCAGCUUCCAGAGGUGAUAGCAGAGGAAGACAAGGCUGGCGGCGCAGAAGAGGAGCCCGUCUUGCAGAACGAAGAGCAUCUUCACCUGUCAAACGAGGAAGCCUUCUUUCUCGCCUAUGGACUUGGUGCCCUGACGAUUCUGGACGACACACGCGAGGCCGUCAUGACGACCUCGACUUUACUCCCCCUGUUCUGCCAGCAUGCCGACUUCCCACCCCGUGGUCCAUCCUCGGAAAUGAAGCCCGACGACACUUUCCUGAUCUCUUACGUCGUGUACCACCAUUUCCGGUCACUAGGAUGGGUCGUGCGAUCCGGUGUGAAGUUCGGGGUCGAUUAUCUUCUCUACAAUCGUGGCCCGGUCUUCUCACAUGCUGAGUUUGCGGUCGUGGUCAUUCCUUCCUACAUUGAUUCCUACUGGUCAGAGACGGAGGAGCGCCGAAAGCACUGCAAAAAGCAAGUGUCCCGCAGCUGGUGGUGGCUGCAUUGCGUCAACCGUGUGCAAGCCCAAGUGAAGAAGAGCUUGGUGGUUUGCUAUGUGGAAGUGCCACCGCCAGCCCCAAAGCCCAAAUUCUACGGAGUGUACGGGACUAUGGAGACCCAAGAAGAUAGCAUCGACAUCGCGAGGCUGCAGCGCGUCGCGUUGGGCCAGCAAUUGCCGACUGACGACAAAGAGUGUGCGCAGAAACCCUCCGAACCUGUGUCAACGACUUCGUCAUCCAGUCUAGCACAAAAUGGCGCCAGCGUGAGCUCACCAAAGCUACCCUCUUUCGAAGACCGCCCCAGCAGCCGCGCGGCAACUCAGCUGGGUAAGAUGGGCUCCGCAGAAACGCUCCCGUCGGAUACACAGUUGAUCUCCCAGCGGGUGUACGAUGAGAUCAUUCGCAAAAACCAGGAAGAAGGUCCUGUUAUGAACCAUGACAGUAAUAUGGGGGAUCAAGCUACACUUAUGACCCUGCAUGAGGGAGACAGCGGUCAUCUCGACCUAUUGGCGGGUUACGACAAUGUUAAUGCAGAACUGGUUAACAUUGACGAUAACGAUGACCGGAGCAGCUCCAAACUAGGGGAGUCAUCGCCCGCGCACUAUCAAUCAAAUCUGUUUCCCGAAUCACAGCGAUUCGUGCUGAAGACUCCUGCGACUGCUGUGAAGCGAGCUCAUUCAGACGGCCUUGCUACCAUUUCGCCCACUGUCUCACGGAACCCUCUUGCGACAGAUAUUGGGUCGAGUGGUGGAAUCAUGGCUUUGAGCCAAGUGUUCAGAGCUACCCAGGCGCCUUCCUCCCCGCUAGUCAAUCGCCAGCAACAUUCUGACCUUGUAUCGGACCGGCCCUCACCCAACAUCCCGAUUCAGAAACACCCUCUCGCUGCAAAUCUGUCAUCCCCAUACGAUCGUAUGGCGGCAACCUUCCCGCGAGACUCUUCAGCGCACAAGCUCAACUAUAUUUCUAUGCAGGAAUCUCAGGCGAAUCGUGAUAAACUGUUGUAUGAGAGGAUGACUCGUUCGGCGGAUCAUGUGGUCCCCGGUGACCCAAGUGAUGACGACUUUGGCAAGGAGCCUAGCUUUGUCGAACGCAUGAAGCGGCACCGUACGAUAGACGAGGAUAUAGCACCCCAGCUUGCAGGUCUUACGGCACCUGCCCGGUCAGAGGGUACCCGAAGCAGACAAGCUAGCAAGGGUUCGUUGUCACCACAAGGGGACUUGGGUCUGCAAGUCUGGAACGAUGAAUCUGUUGCAGAGAAUGAUGGUGAGCAGAGGGCUGCCUCAGAUUCUAUUGUUCCGCAGCGGGGAGGCUCGAGCGAAGAAGAGACUGAACAAGAGCAAGAAGACCAUAGGGGUCAGUCCAUUCCACCAUCCGCGGAGCAUAUUUCUCUGACAGAGGAAGACAAAGAAAACUGUCUUGAUCUAGCAGCGACUCCUGUUGCCGCCACCACUAGCGCACAUGAUCGUCUUUCGCAAGUCCUCGCCUUUGAUGGUAGCACUUCGCCAGCUCACGGAAGCCCAGAAAAGCAACAGCUUCAACCACAUUUAGCUCGCAAUAUCACCCACUUGGAUGAGCCCUAUGAGCUUGGCAGGUCGUCACAGAUAUCAAUUGUCAAAGAUUCUCAGCGCUCUCCCAGGCAGAGGGAAGCCGACGCAGAAGUCGAGACGAAUCGCAGCCGAAGAACAUCACAUUGUCCGGAUUCUCAGGUUCAGAUAGAUCCUACAUCGGACAUUGACAGGAUCAUUUCCUCGCCCACGAAGCAAGCCCGCAUGCAAUCUUCCCCGCCCGCGGAAUCGCGUCGCCUUGGACUGUCGUUCGAGCUGGGUGAAGUCCAGGGCAUGAAUGUUGGCGGAUCGAUAUCCGGCGGCCCCCAGCGCUCUCCCACACCGAAAGCCACGCAGGCCCCAGAGGGCAGCUUACUAGAUUUGAGUAAUACAGUGUCUCAGCAGCCCAGAGUUGUAGGUGACAAGCCUUCAACCUUUGAUCUCCGGGGUAAAUCAUCGUCGAUGCCCUCUCGCGUAGCUGAAACACCGGUUCCCCCUAUGGACUUUGCGGAUGCGGUGCCAACGACCAGCAUUCCAGAGACUAGUCCCAACCGACUGGGAAACCAAGGAUGGCCCAACGACAUGAACAAUCAUGAGACAGCGGAUCAGGAAGAUGAUGAUCUGCCGCCGGUAUAUCAGGUCGCACAUGAACGGGCAUCGCAUUCGCAUCAGGUUGUCUUAAACAGCACCUCGCCAUUGAAGCCAUCCCUGACCUCAAUUUCGAAGCUUCUUUCAAGCCCGAGUGGGCGGCAACGGAGGGCACUUACGGAGAUUGCUGCUGAUGCCUCACCGAAAGGAGGGAAUGGAGCUUUCAACCCAGACAUUGAUAUUAUGUCAGCCGAUGAUUGGGAGUUCAGUGCUGCAGUUGCCAGGCAUCAAGACUCGCCGAGGAAGAAACGCCGAGGCAACGACGGACAGGGUGUGAUUGUUUCUGAUCCUAUUCUUCCAGGGACUCCUCACCUUUCCAGUCGUGUUGUACCUCCCCAAUCUGUUUCUCAUGAUCUUGUUGAAACUGCGACAACGAGAACUGUGACUGAGGUGCAAAUGGGCAUGCAGCCGGACGCACAGCAGGAAAUUUUGCAGAGUAAAGCAGCGAAGGCUUACCAGAGACGCUCUAGACCUCCUCGGAGGGCGGACAGUGUGUGGGAUAUGGACGAUUCUCCUCCGCGAACCUUCGUUUCGCGCAAAAACAGGACACGAUUGCUGCCUCGUCCACGACCGUUGAAUCGACAAAGGCCUGUAGAGACUAAGCGAGGCAGGUCACCCAGCAAGGAGCGGUCGGGGAUUGCGCAGCAACGCCAAACAAUCAGCCCUGUGCCUGAGGAGCCACGCAGCGAUAUCACGAUUCAAAAUCCGAUAGAGACGUCGCCCACGGGCAGUCCUGCCACAGGUAGUAUGCCACCAAUCGGACCGGCCAUGCCGUCUUUGACUGAGAAAGUCCCAGUCGCAGCAAACCAGGUCUUCGCUCCCUGGUGUGGAACAAAGCGUGCGUACUAUCCGGCGACGUGUUUUGGCAAGCCAUUCGGAACGUCGCAGUCUCGGUAUCGGGUAAAAUUUGAAGACAGUGCACCUGUGGACAUUCCGAUGGGAGCUAUCAAGAGAUUGGAACUUCGUCCCGGCGAUGCCGUCAAAGUUGACAUGCCGAACGUGCCCAAGGUCACGCAUGUUAUUCGGAGCUUUGUCCGCAAGCUGAGCAUAGACGAGAUUGAACAGGGCGCCGCGAACGGGGUGAUUCCCAUGACGGAUAUUUAUGGCUAUUCAGCUGUGAUGGUAGGCCCAAAGCAGCGCAAGAGUCUUCCUAAUGCCGGUUUGCCCGUCGCUGAGAGCCUCAUUGAAGUGCCAAUCUCAAAAAUUUACCUCGACACGAUUCUGUGGAACCAACUCAAAGAUCGCUCCUUCACCUAUAUCUCCGAGCCAGUGUUUCUCGAGCGCGGCGCUCCAACACCAUCGGAGAAACUUUCCACGCCUAUCUCCUCUCCUGGCGCGCGCCUGUCACGCAGCAUCCGCUUCUCAAAUGGUCUGUUCGCCGGAAUGGUCUUCGCGGUCUCUUUUGGCGACAACAACGACGCCAAGGCUCGCGUGGUAAAACUGAUACUAGAAAACGACGGGCGCAUCUUAGAAGAUGGAUUCAACGAGCUCUUUGAUCUACCGCUGAACGCCCCCGUCGCCACUCCCACCAAGCAGCCACCCACUGAAUCAAAUACACAGCAUGACCUCCUCAAGCUCAGCAGCAGCGCCGCAGACGUAGGCUUUGCCUGCUUGAUCGCGGACAGACAUUCUCGACGAUCGAAAUACAUGCAAGCUCUAGCACUCAACCUCCCAUGUCUCUCAGACCGCUGGGUUGAAGACUGCGUCGCACGAGGGCGGGUCAUCGACUGGGAGAUAUACCUCCUCCCUGCCGGGGAAUCAACAUACCUCAACGGAGCAACCAAGUCACGAAUCCUUACGCCGUACCUGGCCACCGAGGCACGACUCUCGGAGAUCAUCGCAGGAAGACCAAAUCUCCUGAACGGGCAGUCCGUUCUUCUAGUCACAGGACGCAGUGGUCGCAUCGACGAGGAGCGACGCAAGGCCUACCUGUUCCUCACCUAUGCUCUCGGGGCGUCGCGGAUCGAGCGUGUCUCAGACCUGAAGUCUGCUCGAGCCAUCCUGAACGCACAGACGGAGGAGGGGCACGUCCGCAAGCGCAGCUGGGAUUGGAUCUACAUCGAUGACGAUGACAAGCCGUCUGCGAGAGCGAUGGCCUUGAGCUCGGCUGGAGUGUCUGGCUCUUGCUCUACCUCGCGGAAACGGAAGCGGACCACCAAGCUCAUGGAGUCGGUAACCGGCGAUGAUCUUGGACUGAGCACGAAUGUCAGGAUUGUGGGGAAUGAGUUCGUCUGCCAGAGCUUGAUUCUGGGUCGACUGUUCGACCAGUGA